UUGAUCUUAGAAGGUACUAUUCCUGCGGGCUAUCCGGAUGCCAGAAUCUGUGUCGACAAUAUUACCAGCUACACAGAACCAUGCAGUGCUCUUGAACCUGUUGUGGCCAAGCGCGAGUUCAAUUUCACGCGGUAUUUUAUCUUCAUAUCGCUUGGGGCUCUUCUUCUUGGCCUUACAGUGCCAAUUCUAUUCUUGUUAGUACUAAUUUGCAUCUGUCGCCGACGACACAAGCUCUCCAACUCGGCUUACGCUAACGGAAAACUGUUUUCCACCAAUCUUUGGUAUUACAUUGGGGGUAAGGAGAUUGCUGAAGAACCGGCUAGCAUGCGAACGGCAAACACCCUGCCCCGAUCAGAAAUCCCUUCUAGCGGAUUUCAUCGUUAUGGAAACCACUUUCCUGCACCCCAUCUUAUGCUUAUCUAG